AUGGAAGCAGACGGGGCUCUGCCGGAGGGCACAGGCCGGCUUCCCGAGAGGCUGCAGCGGAGGGACCAGGAGCGGCAGCGGGAGUUAGAGCAGAGGAAGCGGCAGAAGGAUGGGCAGGCGGUGCCGGAGGAGCAGAGCGCCCAUUUCGGCGCCACUUUCGGCCCCGAGAAGGCGGCCAUCGAGGAGCUGCUGUCCGGCUCGGAGCCCGGCCUGCUGGAGGAGGUGGCCGGCCGCCUGCAGGGCCUCCAGAAGCUGCUGAAUGACAGCACGAUGUUCCUGCCGCCCUACCACAUCCGCCAGGCCCAGGAGGCCGUCAGCCGGCUGCAGGAGGCCCUGGAGGACAAGCGGCAGGCCCUGCAGCCCAAGAAGAAAUUCGCCUUCAAAUCCCGCAAGAAGGACCAGGCCCCAGCGGGCUCGGGCGCUCCGGCCCCCGGGACAGGCACCCCCAGGCCGGCCGCCGUUAAACCCCGGCCCCAGGAGCCUGCUCCGGCACUGUGCGGCUUCCAAGGCCUGUCCUCCCAGGUGCUGUUCAUGGAGGCGGCGGAGAUCCGGCAGAAGGACGUGCUGCUGAGCGACCUGAGAGACUGCACCAUCACCCUGCGCGGCUGCCCUGGCACCCUCCAUGUCCGGGGGCUGCACGGCUGCAGGCUGCUCUGCGGGCCCGUCUCCUCCUCCGUGUUUGUGGAUAGCUGCACCGGCUGCCUGUUCACCUUCCCCUGCCAGCAACUGCGCACCCACAGCUCCUCCGACUGCCGCUUCUACCUGCAUGUCACCUGCAAGGCCAUCAUAGAGGACUGCACUGACCUGCACUUCGCACCCUUCACCUGGAGCUACGAGAACAUCCACAAGGACUACCAGGUCUCUGGGCUGGAUCAGGCCAAGAACAUGUGGGACCUGGUGGAUGACUUCAAUUGGCUUGUCCGUGGUGUCCAGUCCCCAAAUUGGAGUAUAAUACCCGAGGGGGACAGGAUAACUCACUGGAACUGA